AUGAAGGUUUGUCCAGCAACCAUCUGCUUUGUCCUUUCUACAACAUGGACUUUCAAUACCUUUGCUAUAGGUUCAGACUCCAAAUUCAGUUGCAACCUGCCCAAUGAGAACAAUACUGGGUUUCUGUACCGCCCCGGAGAUAUUGUUAUAGGGGGAACCUUUAUGGUUCAUGUGGAGAGUGUCUACCAUAAUAUCGACUUCACUAGGAAACCCCAAGAACUCCAGUGCCUGAAGUUUGCUAUUGAGUAUUACCAGACCGUGCGUGCAUUAAUAUUUGCUGUGGAGGAGAUUAACUCAGAUAUUGAACUUCUUCCCAACAUUACAUUGGGCUUUCAGAUUUUUGACACUUGUGUCACGUUACGUAGAGCAGCCCAAGGGGCUCUUUCAAUGCUAUCAGGGGGCGAGGAAAUCACUCCAAAUUAUAAAUGUUACAAAGGGGGACCUCUUGCUGGAAUUGUUGGUGACUCUGGGUCCUCACGAUCAAUACUCAUGGCCCAGAUCUUAGGAUUAUAUCGAUAUCCACAGAUCAGUUAUUUUGCAACAAGUCCUAUUCUGAGCGAUCGCAAACUCUUUCCUUCAUUUUUCCGCACCAUACCUAGUGAUGAGUUUCAAAUGAGAGGCCUGGCCCUGCUGGUUUCUCACUUUGGCUGGACUUGGGUUGGCCUCUUAGCUAGUGAUAAUGAUUAUGGACAGUUUGGACUUCAGUUGGUAAAAGAGGAGAUAACAAAUGCAGGAGCUUGUCUGGCUUUCUCCGAGAUUAUUUUGACUGGUCAGUAUAAUAGAAAUGCUCCUCAUCUUGCCCAAAUCAUUAAAAGGUCAAGUGCAAAUAUUGUGGUGGUGAUAGCCUAUGAUUUUGUGGUUGUGUUGGAAGAACUCUUGAGACAGAAUGUGACAGGGAAAAUAUGGUUAGCCAGUGAAUCUUGGUCAACUUCAGGUUUACUCUCUACUAAGCGCUACCAAGGAAUAUUAUUGGGCACUCUAGGGUUUGCCAUUCAUAGUGGGCACAUGCCAAUGUUCAAUAAAUAUGUCAACAGCCUCCAUCCAUCAACAGAUCUCUAUGAUCCAUUUAUAAAGGAAUUUUGGGAAGAAGCUUUCACCUGCAAGUGGCCGAGUCAGGAAAAUGUUGUUCUGGGAACAGAAAAUAUAUCAAAGCUUCUCCACUAUGUUAAAAAUGUCAACUUCGAGACAAAAAAAGGAACACAAGUUUCUUUUGAUGCCAAAGGGAAUCCUCCAGCAGUUUACGACAUUGUGAAUUGGAAAAUGAGCACCAAGGGAACACUGGAACACGUUGUGGUUGGGAAUUAUGAUUUUAAUGCUCUUAUUGGCAAAAGCUUCAACAUAGACAACUCUGGAAUUACAUGGAUCAACAACAACACUCAGGUUCCUAUUUCCAAGUGCAGCCCCAGCUGUCAUUUAGGAUUUAGGAAGGUGAUUGUACCAGGGAAACCCGCUUGCUGCUAUGAGUGUGCCCGGUGUCCCCAGGGGCAGAUUUCAAACCAGACAGAUGCAGUGAAAUGUCUUCCAUGUUCCUGGGACACGUGGCCCAAUCUACAGCAGGACAGAUGCCUACCAAGGCCUACAGAGUUCCUUUCCUAUGGAGAUCCUUUGGGGUACAGCUUAGCAGCUGCAUCAGUUUUCUCCUCCCUCACCCCACUUUUUAUUCUUGGAGUUUUUUAUUUUUUCAAAAAGACACCAAUAGUCCGAGCCAACAACUACUCCCUUAGCUGCCUUCUCCUGCUUUCCCUGUUCCUCUGUUUCCUUUGCUCUUUAGGGUUCAUUGGUUACCCACAACCUGAAAAGUGCCUUCUGCGCCAGGUGGCAUUUGGGAUGGUUUUUGCCCUCUGCAUCUCCUGUGUUCUGGCCAAAACCAUCACUGUUGUCAUUGCCUUUAAUGCAACCAAACCCGGCAGCAGGUUAAGAAAGUGGACAGGGGUGAAAGUGUCCUCUAGUAUCAUUAUAGUUUGCACCUCAAUUGAUUUUUGCUUGUGUGUGAUUUGGGUGAUAUACUUUCCUCCUUUUUCUGAACUUGAUACUUACACCAAACCUGGAUUCAUCAUUGUCAGCUGCAAUGAGGGCUCACCCACAGCUUUCUGGUGUAUGCUGGGAUACCUUGGCUUCUUGGCCUCCAUCAGUUUCAUUGUUGCCUUCCUGGCCAGACGCCUCCCUGACAGUUUCAAUGAAGCCAAAUUGAUCACAUUCAGUAUGUUGGCUUUCCUCAGUGUGUGGGUGUCCUUUAUCCCAGCCUAUCUCAGUGCCCGGGGCAUGUAUACUGUGGCAAUGGAGGUCUUUGCCAUCCUGUCUUCCAGUUGGGCUGUGGUGGGCUGUAUCUUUGUGUCAAAAUGUUUUAUUGUAUUGUUCAGACCCAACCUGAACUCCAGAGAACAUCUCAUGGGCAGAGGUAGAAGAAAACACAUAGAAGGUUGA